AUGAGAAUUUGCAUUGGGGGGAUUAAACUUUCUACGAUUUUUAAGAAUGGAGUAAAUAGAGGUGGUGGGGAUAAUUUGGCAAAAGCGUCAGAUUCAGGAUUUGACAGAUCGCUAGCCGAAAAGUCUGAGGGCUUCAGUUCUCCCUUUGCAGGAUUAUCCGGAAAAUCAAAGGAUUAUUACAGCGUGUUAGGAGUUCCUAGAGAUGCGACAGAAAAUGAUAUAAAGAAGGCGUAUAGAAAGUUAGCCAUGAAAUGGCACCCAGAUAAACACUUAGAUGAGAAUGACAAAAAGGCUGCGGAGGAAAAAUUUAAGCUUAUUUCUGAAGCUUAUGAUGUUUUGUCAGACCCUGAUAAAAAAAAAACGUACGAUUUGUAUGGUGAAGAAGGAAUUAAAGGAAAUAUGUCUGGUGACGAUGUCCAUUUUUUUAAUGCAGGAAUGGAUCCAGCUGAUCUGUUCAAUAAGUUUUUUAGUUCCAGCAAAACCUUCUCGUUUACAUCAGUUUUCGACGACGACUUCCCGCCGUUUUCGUCCUUCGUCCAUAACAUGGGUGCUAAGGGCGGCCGAUCUCCGGGUUCUUCAGGCAAAAACCCCGAAGGUUAUAAAUCCGAAACCUACGAAGUAAGUCUUCUACUGUCCCUGGAAGAACUAUAUAACGGAUGCAAAAAGAAACUCAAAAUUACGAGAAAAAGGUUCAACGGAACUCAAAGCUAUGACGACGAUAAAUUGGUAACGAUCGAUGUAAAAGCGGGAUGGAACGAAGGAACGACCAUUACGUUUUAUGGUGAGGGUGAUCAAUCAUCUCCUUUGUUAGAACCAGGUGAUUUAAUUUUCAAAGUAAAAACAAAAGAACACGAACGCUUUGUGAGGGAAGGAAAUAAUUUGAUAUAUAAGUGCCAUGUGCCUCUAGACAAAGCCUUAACAGGUUUUCAAUUUAUAGUAAAAUCGUUAGAUAACAGAGAAAUUAAUAUAAGAGUAGACGACAUUGUUACACCUAAUUCUAGGAGAAUGAUUCCAAAGGAAGGAAUGCCUUCUUCAAAAAAUCCAUCCAAGCGUGGAGAUCUGAUAAUUGAAUUUGAGGUUAUAUUUCCAAAAAGCUUAACUAGUGAAAGAAAAAAAAUAAUAAGAGAGGUUUUAGCCAAUACUUUUUAAAAGGAAUGUCCCGAAAAGAACUACAUUAACGAAAGGGACGUUGCAUGAUAUGCCAAAGGGCGAGAAUUAGCGCCCGUAAAUAUUAUGUAAUUUCCUAAAAUUCGAUUAAAAUUGGAAAGUACCCCAAGCGCAUUCGAUUCGUAUUACGUGAUGUUAUCUUUAAUGCCGCUUCUCUGCAGUGAAGAAAAAUGAAUGGAAUUUAGGUUUUAUCUAAUUAGUGUAUUAAAUAAAUAAUUAAAUAAAAUUUGUUUAAUUUUUAAAGAAAAAAAAUAAUAAAAAAAUGUUGCAAGUUCUUAUGUAAAAUGUAAUAUUUAACUAAAUAAAGAACCUUUUUUUUCCUUCAUUUUUUUUUCACUCCUUUUUUGUUUACCCUCUCUUGUUUUUCGUUUUUUGUUACUUUUUUUCCUCCCCCAUUUUCGAAAUAUCUUAAUUUGUAGUUAUGUUUAUGUGUACCCCUUACGUCUAGUUUUCGCCAUAAAGUUGAAUUACCCGUUCACAUAUUUUUAUACAUACAUACACACAUACGUAUAUAUAUACAUAUACACAUGUAUCAUAUGUAUAUUUAUAUAACCGUUUGAGCUGAAGAAAAAGAUAAAAGAAGAAACUCUUUUAUAAACAAACUUUUUUCGACGUUAAU